UACGACACGAUACUAUAUGAUACGAUACUAUACGACAUGAUACGAUACAAUACAAUACUAAGCUAAGUUGGCAGCGAUUUUUAUAGCCCAGCCUGUGCAAGUAUUAAAAUAAAUGUCAUAAUUUCAUAGAAAUUUGACUUUUAAAAUAAAACUUACACUGUCUGGGCUGUCAAAGUCGCUGCUAACUUAUCUUGGUCUGACUCUACCAGCUUUUUAUUCUUGUCGAACUUUCUCAGUAACUCCCUUUCUCAGGAAAAUAAUAAUAGUUGACAAAUAACAUUUCUUACCAUUUGGGACACGUAUUUUUAUAGGUAGUCCCAUAUUUACUUUAACAUCGCUAUUAGUUGCAAAGAACUUCCUUAUAUCCAUUGGAUAAAUUGUGGGUUAAGAUAUAUUCUUCGGUAAAAGUGUGACAAAUGAGCGUCAUAACUGCAAAACAAAUUGGUCCCGCUGACGGACCUGCCGACGCAUUAGAUGGGGACGAGAUGCGAGGCCCAUUUGUCCCUUUAUAGGUAUACGCAUUUUUUCCAAAGUCAUAUACUACCUUUAGGAAGGAGGGAAUCAUUAUUCUUAUCCGAAAAUGCUGACCUUGUCCAUAAAUGGGAAAACAUUGAAGGAUCAUCAAACGAUAGCAUUUUAUGGAGACGUUUUUGUUUAUGGGUUCCUUAAGAUGUCGGUAUUAAAUAAUACAUAUAAAAGAGCUUAUUUUUUUAAAUAAUCAUUUUAUGUCAAAAUAGCAAAAGGUACAAAUAUGGUGAUUUAUAUGUCUUUGUGCGUAACUAUUUUUAAGAGACUAACAUUGAAACAUAUAAACACUGACAAUUAUAAUAUUACCAGAGGCUUAAUCUAGACCAAUUUGCAAGACCACUUGACCUCAACAUAACCUACUCCAAAUUCCUACUCAUAGCGGGACACUGUUAACAAGACUUUAUUGUCAUAAUAACUUUCCGUUACUUUUUAUACUCUGAAAGCUAGCUGACAGUCUCUCAUGGUCACUCUCAGUGUUAGUUUGAGAUAACAAAACUGGCCGAAAAUAAUUCUUUAACAAUUUAAAAAAGUUAUUUUAAAUUUCGAACAUGAAUAUAAAUCUCGGUUUGGUUUUCUUUGUGUGUGGUUUAAUGGAAUUGGGCAGGGCUGGAGUCAGCGAUUCUGCGUCGAAAGUUCUGUCUAGAAAACGGCGGUAUGUUACGUUUCCUGAAGGCUCCAGUUUCUCGUGCGCCGGUUGCAUGACAGUCGGUAUGAUCGGCCAACCGGCCCCGUCCUCAGCCCCAGGAACCUUCAACUUCGGCCUCAACUGGGGCAUCGCCUACGAGCUGCCCAACGCUACAGAGACCCUGGCAGCGUACCACAGAAAGUACAGGCUGGGCAAACCGGUGGCGCAGAGAAGGAGCAGGAGAGACUUGUAUGAAAAGCUGGAAGUUAUACUCGAUAAUAUGGGGUACAGUGGCCGCCAAUGUAUCUUGAAAACCCUGUGUGAGACCACGCAACGAAUCGUGCCGCAUGGUCAGAACAUGGUGGAAGAGAUGUUCAGGACACUAUUCACAUUACCAAUGUCAAAAGUCCUUCCCGAAGAGCCGAUCGAGCACGCCAUAUAUGACUCGGCGCACCGACUGGGCGUCCUUCUGGAGAACUGCGACAUGUACAAGUGUCCUUUCUCGCUGGUUGACUUGGCCCAGGGAUAUUAUAGUACACCACCAUCUAAUGUCAACCCGGCGAGUCCGUGGGCCGCGUUCAACAACUUUGGUUAAAUUGAAUUUAAAACGCCUGCUCCUCUACUGCGGUUUUUAACCUGGAUUCUUCCUAAUUGUAACUGUGGUUAUUUAAAGUAUAAGGCUACGUCCACACAAAGAGGCGGUUUACUUAGUGUCUAGAUCCUAGCGAGUCACCUAGUGAGUAGCUUAAAAAAACGAACAUUCUAGUCAAUGAUUUCAAGGUAAAGAUAAGCCCAUGCGUAUGCAC